AUGUUCCAAGCCGUGCUAUCCUCGACUUGGAACGGCCUCCGGGCUAUCAAACCGCCCUUUGUCUCCAAAAAACCACAUUUUAGUUUUAUCACCGCACAUUACUUCUGGAUUAUCGGCGCUACGAUCGUCGGUUCCAUACUAUUCUACGCUGCUGGAAGAGGCUCGCUCGCAUACAUUGACGCCUUGCUGUUCGCAAGUGGAUCGAAUACGCAAGCUGGUCUCAAUCCUGUCGAUGUCAAUACGCUCAACACUUUCCAACAAACUCUUAUAUACUUCUUCGCUUUGACAUCGAAUCCGAUCACACUCCAUGGUUGCGUCGUAUUCUUGCGACUCUACUGGUUUGAGAAACGCUUUCAAGGAUGGGUCCGCGAAGUUCGCAACCGGCGACCAACGUUUACCAAGUCGAAAGGCAAAUCGUUUGGUGACGUCAACCGUAUGGAACAGGGCGUUAAUGGACGCCAUAUCACUGUUGUCCCUAGAAACGGGAAAUCACCUCGCAUGACCAAUGACGGAAUUAUUCUCGAAGAACGCAGUCGUUCAAAUGCGAUUGACGAUACAGAAACCAGUGCCUCGAGCACAAUAACUGAUGAUAUGCCAAAUGCAACACAGUCCAGCGCUACUCAAGUAGCGGAGGAUUCCGAUGACGUUCCUUCGUCUGCAUCGUCUCAGCCAGCCCAAGAGACAGCUGAAGACGCUGGUAAAGCAGAAACAGCUGGUCCUGGUCAUACCGCCAUCAAGUUUGCCGAAACCGUCAAGCGCAGCGAUGGCUUGGAGGACGAUGUAACGAAACUGCCACCGCGAAGAGCCAACGCCGAACACAUAGCUAUUCUCGAGAGGCAAAGAAAUGAAGACGCCGAUGAGGUCCUUCGCAUUCCGGGGCCUCGCGAUGCCGAGAGAGGUUUGAUGCCUACUCGUGUGGACGACGACGUGCACAAAGACGACGACGACCCUAAGCUCGCCCAUAGGUUAAAGACAACGGAUUCCAACCCAGACCAUAAGUUACGCGACCGUCAACCUACCAUCACAAUUGCUGAACCAGAGAGAGGUUUUGUCGAUGACUUGGCAGACGAAGCCAAAGUUUGGGGUAGUACGCUUUCGAGUAUCCGCUUCCGUAAGCCCCGACUGUUUAACAGAAAGCAAAACAAACACCACGAAGACAAUGAGGAUGAUGACGAUCAUCAUGAUCCUCGUGACAGUGGUGAUAGACAGACGCUGCGUGUCCGUACCUUGACGAGGAUCCGUACCGCACUCUCUCAAUCAAAGGAUCAAGACAUGCCUUACCUGAGUUAUAAUCCGACUAUUGGCCGAAAUUCUAACUUUGUGGGCUUGACCCUCGAGCAGCGCGAGGAGUUGGGCGGCAUUGAAUACCGUGCCCUGAGAACACUGGCUAUUGUUCUUUUGGUCUAUUUCUGGGGCUUCCAGCUCAUUGGAUUAUCCUGUUUACUUCCAUACAUUCUGCACCAGCAAGAAUAUGGCGAGAUUGUAGAGGCAGCUGGUGUAUCUCGAACAUGGUGGGGAUUCUUUACCGCAAACGUAUCGUUUAUGGAUGUCGGUUUUACGCUCACACCUGAUAGCAUGAUCUCAUUUGUCAAGUCCGAAUUUGUCUUGAUGAUCAUGUGUAUCUGGAUUAUUAUCGGCAAUACUGGUUUCCCCGUCAUGCUUCGCUUCCUCAUUUGGGUAAUGACGAAGCUUGUGCCCAGAGGCUCGGGAAUCUGGGAAGAAUUGCGCUUCCUGUUGGAUCACCCCCGUCGUUGCUUCACUCUAUUGUUCCCCUCCGGUGCAAACUGGUGGCUGUUUGGAAUCCUUAUUCUACUGAACAGUGUAGAUUUGCUGUUUUUCAUGGUUUUGGAUCUCAAAGCAGAACCCAUCAGUGAUCUGCCUGUUCAUAACCGUGUCGUCGUUGGAUUGUUCCAAUCUGCAUCGACUCGAACUGCUGGGUUUUCGGCUGUCAAUUUGGGAGACUUGCACCCCGCCAUGCCCGUGUUUUAUAUGAUUAUGAUGUACAUUUCGGUAUUUCCAAUUGCCAUUUCCAUUCGACGCACAAACGUGUACGAAGAGAAAUCUCUUGGCGUUUACGAUACUGGAGAGGAAGACGACGAGGCCGCCGAUGCAAACGCGCUGUCAUAUGUCGGAACCCAUUUGAGACGACAGCUCUCGUUCGAUUUGUGGUUCGUCUUCUUGGGCUUCUUCAUCCUCGCGAUUUGUGAGGGAAGCAAAAUUUCAGAGGGCAGAUUUGAUCUCUUUUCGGUCCUUUUCGAGACUGUCAGCGCCUACGGCACCGUCGGACUAAGCAUGGGCGCUAAGGGCGUCAAUGCAUCUCUCUGCUCCCAAUUCACGACAGUUGGAAAGCUUGUCAUUGUUGCCAUGCAAAUCCGUGGUCGUCAUCGCGGCUUGCCGUACGGUCUUGACAGAGCCGUGCUCUUGCCAAGCGAGGCACGCUUCAAGAAGGAAGCAGAAGAGGCAGAAGCAGCUCUGGCACGAAUGAACACCGCUGUUUCUACUGCUACGGCUUCUGGUAUGCAGCGCACGCACAGCUUUGCCAUCCGUCGACGAAGCAUGAGCCGAGAAAAAGAGAGACCAAACAGCCAUAUUCUCACUCAACUGCUGCACCCAGGCCCUGUCCCUCAGCGUGAUCCGGUAGUCAGUCGGGCGCGAAGCCGGUCAAUUGACCACGGUAACCUGCUGGAGCCGCUUCGUACGCUUACUGAACCAAUAGCCGAGGAGCCAGACACCGCUUUGGAACAGAUGCCAAGCUCGACGUCUUCCCGAAUGCGUCCCAGGCGUGCCGAUACGUCUCCAACCUUGGAGCGCAACCCGUGGAGACAAGCGCAACAGCAGCUUGCUACGGAAUUGGAACCGUAA